AUGCCUGUGGGAAAUAUCAGAUUAUUGCAUAAUAGACACAGAUGUAUGACCCCAGUUAUUGCUGCUUGUCUGAGUAUGAAAAAUGAUGUUAUCAAGUAUCUUUUGAACAAUGAUGCGGAUUUAAAUCCCGAAUACAGUUUUUAUCCUGCUUUGUGGACACCAGCUAAAGUAGGGGAUCUCAACAUGGUCGAAUGCUUACUUAAAUACGGUGCUGAUUAUAACAAAUGUGAUGGAAAAGGAGUUUUUCCUCUUUUUCUGGGAUCAAAAUAUGGUCAUCUGGGUGUCGUAGAAAAACUCAUCGAACACGGCAGCGAAAUCAACAAAUGUGAUUUAAAUGCUCGGUCAUCUCUUCAUAUAGCAUCACAAUAUGGUCAUGUGUCCAUUGUGGACACAUUAAUUAUGCACAGAGCUGAUUUAAACGCAUGCAGUAAAAAUGAAUUAUCACCUCUGCAUGCAGCAUCAGAAAAAGGUCAUAUUCUUGUUGUAAGAAAACUUAUUGAACAUGGUGCCGACAUAAACAAGUGUGAUAUUGAUGGACGGUCACCGUUACAAUUAGCAUCAAAGAAAGGUCAUCUUGCUGUUGUAGAAAAACUUAUCGAGCACGGUGCCGACAUCAACAAGACUGAUAUUGAAUGUCAGUCAUCUCUGCAUUUAGCAUCACAAAAUGGCCAUCUUCCUGUUGUAGAAAAACUCAUUAAACACGGUGCCGACAUCAACAAGUGCAAUAUUGAUGAUCAGUCACCUUUACAUUUAGCUUCAGGGAAAGGACAUCUUCAAGUUGUAGAAAAACUUAUAGAACACGGUGCCGACUAUAAUAUAUAUGAUAAUGAUGCUAUGUCACCUCUUCAUUUAGCAUCACAUUAUGGCCAUGUUCUUGUCGUAGAAAAACUUAUUCAACAUGGUGCCAGUAUCAACAAGUGUGAUAGUGCUGGUCGGUCAUCUCUAUUUUUGGCGUCAUUGGAAGGCCAUCUUCCCAUUGUAGAAAAACUUAUUGAAUACGGAGCCCACAUCAACAAGAGCGAUGUUUACAAUCGGUCACCUUUAUUUUUGGCAGUAUGGAAAUGUCAUUUUUCUAUUGUAGAAAAACUUAUUCAGAACAACUCCGACAUCAACAUUUGUGAUAUUCUAGGUCGGUCACCACUAUUUAUAGCAUCUUUUUAUCCUGUUGGAGAAACAGUUAGGGAACACGGAGCGGACAGUAUUACAUGUGAUAAUGAUAUUAUUCAUUUAGCUUCAUUAGAAGGUCAUUUCAAUGUUGUAGAAAAACUUAUUGAACACAAUACUGUCAUCAACAAGUGUGAUAUUAAAGGUCGAUCACCUCUUCAUGUAGCGUCAGUAGAAGGCAAUCUUCAUGUUGUAAAAAACCUUAUUGAUCACGGUGCCGACAUCAAUCUACGUGAUAUUCAUGGUCGGUCUCCUCUCUUUUUUGCCUCAUUUGAAGGCCAUCUUCUUGUUGUAACUUACCUUAUUGAUCACGGUGCCAACAUUAACAAGUGUAAUAUUAAAGGUCGGUCCCCUCUACAUUAUGCGUCUUUAGGGGGUCAUCUAUCUGUUGUAAAAGAACUUGUUAAUAACGACGCCGACAUCAACAUAUGUGAUAUUAACAAUCAGUCACCUCUGCAUUUAGCCUCAGAAAAUGACCAUAUUUUCAUUUCAGAAAUAUUGAAUCGACACAGUGAUGAAAGUGUUCGAUGCGAUGAUACGAAUGAAAUUACUUCAACAGUUUGCUUCAUUAGCGGACUAUGUUCUUGCUGUAAUAAGCCAUGCUGCACAAGGUAA